CGACCGGGCAGCGUAGUGUUGCUCUGUGCUGCAGCCUGUGACGGAAGAAGAGGGAAGUUAUGCACAGCGGUGGAAAGCAACACAUGGGACUGCUGUGCGCUUAAAGCCAAACAUCUGGUAAAUCCUCACCUGACAGCCUGGGACACGCCGAGAGAAGACCCGUGGGCUCCAGAUUCAGCCAUGGUGUCCAUCGACCAUGUAACUCAGAAGAUACUCACUUACCUCCCGUAUGUUCUUGUUUUGAUGGACAUGCGAUAUGAGGGAGUGAAAUGCGGGAAGGACGGAAGUGUCGACAAUCACAUGGAAAUGGGAAAGAAACUGCUUGCUGCCGGACAGCUGGCCGACGCCCUCUCUCACUUCCACGCCGCCGUGGGUGAGUGAUGGAAAUAAAAGACGGAGACCCCAAGAACUACAUGGCGUACUACAGGAGGGCUACAGUGUUCCUCGCAAUGGGGAAGUCAAAGUCUGCACUGCCAGACCUGAGCAGAGUCAUUGAACUCAAACCAGACUUCACAUCUGCACGUCUUCAGCGAGGAAACCUUCUUCUGAAGCAGGGAAAGCUGGACGAAGCAGAAAGCGACUUCAAGCGGGUGCUCAAAUCCAAUCCGUCUGACAAAGAAGAGCGGGAAGCCACGACCCAGCUGGCGAAGUCCGACGAACUUCAGCGGCUGGUGACCCAGGCGCACCGCAGCUACAGCGCCAAAGACUUCCCCACGGCUCUUGCACAGCUUGACGUUAUAAUCGAGACCUGCAUCUGGGACGUGACUUCCCGUGAGAUGCGAGCAGAGUGCUUCAUUCAGAUGGGAGAGAUGGGGAAGGCCAUCAGCGACCUCAAAGCUUUGUCCAAGCUGAAGAACGACAACACGCAGGCUUUCUACAAGCUCAGCACCAUCUACUAUAACCUGGGAGACCACGAGAUGUCACUCAACGAGGUGCGCGAGUGCCUGAAGCUGGACCCGGAUCACAAGCAGUGUUUCGGCCAUUACAAGCAGGUCAAGAAGCUCAACAAACAAAUCCAGUCUGCGGAGGAGCUCAUCCGAGAGCAGAGGUACGAAGACGCGGUGAGUAAAUAUGAGGCCGUGAUGAAGACGGAGCCCAACGUUCCUCAGUUCUCCCAUCUGGCCAAGGAGAGAAUUUGCCACGCGCUCUCAAAGGCCCAGCAGGCGAGCAGGGCUGUCUCCGUGUGCAGCGACGUCCUGCGGUCCAACCCCGAGAACGUGAACGUGCUGAAGGACAGAGCCGAGGCCUACGUUCAAGACGAGCAGUACGAGGAAGCCAUUAAAGACUACGAGACCGCUGCAAAGCACAGCGAGAAUGACCAUCAGAUCAAAGAAGGCCUGGACAGAGCUCAGCGACUUCUCAAACAGUCACAAAGGAGGGAUUAUUAUAAGAUUCUGGGAGUGAAGAGAACUGCCCAGAAGAAAGAGAUCAUCCGUGCUUACAGGAAACUGGCCCAACAGUGGCACCCGGACAACUUCCAGGACCCGGAGGAGAAGAAGAAAGCAGAGAAGAAGUUCAUAGACAUCGCUCAGGCUAAAGAGGUUCUCACCGAUCCAGAAAUGAGGACCAAGUUCGACCACGGAGAAGACCCCAUGGACCCAGAGAGCCAGCAGGGGCAGCAUCACCCCUUCCACGGAGGUUUCCACGGCUUCCAGGGCUUCAACCCGUUCGGCUCCGGGCCCUUCAACUUUAAAUUUACCUACAACUGAGAACUUUUUAAUCCCAGCAAAACUGGAGCACAUUUUUCUACUUUCCUCCCUCUUUGAAAGGGAGAUCACAGGCAUGAAAACAUGUCUGUUCCUAACUGUCACAAAAGCUCGGAGCAAAUGGCGACUUCAAUUAAAAACCCACCACCGUUGUUGAAUAACGCAACACUGAAUGCCGACUGGCGGUGUUAUCUGUAUCUGCCUCGUGUGAUUUAUUCUGACGUCUGGAUUCUUUCCACGUGUCGCACACUCAUCUGAUUCAAUUUGCCCAAAACGACACUAUUUUUAUAUGAAUGGAUUUUUGCCAAACUGUAAAUAAAAUAAAGCUAUUUAUUUACACAAA